AUGGAGGAAUCUCUAUACGACGAGUUCGGAAACUACAUCGGUCCGGAGCUUCAUAGCAGCGAGGACGAUGAACCAGAGGUGGACGACGCAGGACGUCAAGUGGACGCUUUGGCGCUUCACAAUGACGAGGACAACGCCAUCGUCCUCCACGAGGAUAAACAGUACUAUCCCGACGCGAGCGAUGUCUACGGUGACGCCGAGACGCUCGUUAUGGAAGAGGACGCGCAGCCUAUCGAAAAGCCCAUCAUCGAGCCCGUGAAGACGAAAACUUUCUCCGUUUUGGAGCAGAAAACGCCUCGAACGACCUAUUCGACGCAAUUCCUGACCAGUUUAAUGGACCAUCCGCAGCUCAUCCGCCACGUCGCGGUCAUCGGUGAUCUUCACCAUGGCAAGACGUUGUUUACAGACUUGCUAGUGCAACAGACCCACGUGGACAAGUGGGAUCCCGCAGUGGAGAAAAGAUUCACAGACACCAGGAAGGACGAACAGGAGCGUAAAGUGUCCAUCAAGAGUACACCCGUGUCGCUCGUGCUGCCCACAUCCAGAGGGAAGCAUUACUUGCUCAAUGUGUUGGACUGUCCUGGCCACGUGAACUUCUCGGACGAGACCACAGCAGCUCUCCAAGUGGCGGACGGCGCUGCGGUCGUCGUGGACGCUAUUGAGGGCGUCAUGAUCAAUACCGAGAGAUUGGUGAAGGCGGCGCUGAGAGCCAAUGUAGCCAUUGUCUUGGUGCUCAACAAAGUGGACAGACUCAUCAUUGAGCUCAAACUGCCACCUGCUGACGCAUACUUCAAGCUGCUGCAUACGAUCGAAGAGGUCAACGCUGUUAUUGACGCCAAUACGCCUGCGAACCAGGAGAAACAGCGUUUAUCACCUGAGCUGGGCAAUGUGUGCUUUGCCUCGGGUCAACAUGGAUGGAGCUUUACACUCGAGUCUUUUGCUCAAAUCUACUCAGAGACGUACCCAGGAGUGCCUCCGUCGGAACUGGCCAAGCGAUUCUGGGGCGAUAAAUACUUCAACCCGCAGACUCGCUCGUUCACAAAAAAAUCGCCAUAUCCAGGUGCGCUGCGGUCGUUCGUCCAGUUCGUGUUGGAGCCGCUGUACAAAAUGUACACCAAGGUGCUAAACGGAGACCCGAAGGAGCUCUCUGCGUCGCUACGUGCCAUGGGCUUGCGGCUGAAGAAAGAGGAAUUGAACUUGAACCCACGUCCGCUGCUCAAGCUGGUGCUGGGCAAGUUCUUCGGCAAUGUGACGACGGGUUUCAUGGACAUGGUGGUGACACACAUUCCGUCACCUCUUGAGACUGCAAAGAGCAAACUGGAGACGAUUUACACGGGCAGCCAGAACUCGGAGCUGAGCAUCGUGCGAGGAAUCCAGUCGUGCGACUCUCAAGCGCCUUUGAUGGUUAACAUCGUCAAGCUGUACUCGUCUCCUGACGGCACGACGUUCAGCGCCUUCGGUCGUGUUUUUUCCGGUGAAGUUCGUGAAGCCAAAGACGUUAAAGUCUUGGGAGAAGCUUACAGCGCUGAAGACGACGAAGACAUGUGUACACGCACGAUCGAAGGUGUGUGUAUUGCUCAAGGACGCUACAAGAUCCAAGUGAACCGGAUCCCGGCAGGUAACUGGGUCUUACUUGAAGGAGUGGACGCUUCAAUCACCAAGAGCGCCACUGUCACGGAUGCAGACGAAGAUUUGCUUCAAGACGAGGAAGUUGGCAUCUUCCGCCCUAUUCACAUUGCGUUCGCCACUACCGCAGUGAUGAAACUCGCUGUGGAGCCUUUGAAUCCGGCAGAACUGCCCAAAAUGCUCGAAGGCUUACGGAAAAUCAGCAAGAGUUAUCCUCUCGUACGUACCAAAGUGGAGGAGAGUGGAGAACACGUGAUCUUGUGUACUGGAGAGCUAGCAGCGGAUUGUAUUCUACAUGACUUGAGACGCAUGUAUGCCGAGAUUGAGAUCAAGGUAGCGGACCCUGUGGUGGCCUUCUGUGAGACUGUAGCUGAGACGUCUUCGGUCCAAUGCUUUGCCGAGACACCCAACCAGAAGAACAAGAUCACGAUGAUCUCGGAGCCGUUGGACGCUGGUCUCGCGCUGGACAUUGAGACGCGUGCUAUCAACCUCGAUAUGAACACGAAACAAGUCGCUAGCUUCUUUCAGACCAACUACAAGUGGGACGCACUGGCUGCUCGCUCUGUAUGGGCGUUCGGACCGGAAAGUAAUGGUCCGAAUGUCUUAUUGGACGAUACUCUGGCUACUGAAGUCAACAAGUCUUCGUUGACUAUGAUCAAAGACAGUAUCGUCCAGGGAUUCCAGUGGAGUUGUCGGGAAGGUCCGUUGUGUGACGAACCCAUCCGCAACACCAAGUUUAAGAUCCUGGACGCUACCAUUGCGUCCGAGCCGAUACAUCGCGGUGGAGGUCAAGUGAUCCCGACGUCACGACGUGUAGCGUACUCGGCAUUCUUGACAGCCACGCCGAGGAUGUUGGAGCCCAUGUAUGCACUGGAAAUCCAGUGUCCUGCUGACACCGUGUCGUCACUUUAUCAGGUGCUGAGUCGUAGACGUGGACACAUCACUCAUGACGCACCGAAAGCGGGCUCUCCGUUGUAUACCGUGCGAGGCUUCGUGCCUGUGAUCGAGUCUUUCGGACUCGAGACCGACCUGCGUGUGUUCACUCAGGGCCAAGCAUUCCUCACUCAAGUGUUUGAUCAUUGGGCAGUGGUGCCUGGGGACCCAUUGGACUCGAACGUCGUGCUGCGUCCACUUGAACCAGCGCCAGUGAACGAUUUGGCUCGAGAGUUUAUGGUCAAGACGCGACGUCGCAAGGGACUGAGUGAGGACGUGAACGUCAGCAAGUACUUUGAUGAACCCAUGCUACGCGAAUUGGCGAGACACGAGGUGGAGCUGCAGAAUCUCAUCUAG